AUGACAGUGAACCAGCCAUUCCAAGACCAAUCUGGCCAUCUACUUCCAGUUCCAGUGAGAUACAACCCAGUGACAGCCCAGCAACCCAGUGGCUCUUCUUGGCACAGUGAAGUCAUACACUCCAUAUCAUUAUUCUCUUCGUCGCCGUCAUCGUCACCAUCAACAUCAACGGGCAACACAAAGAUCCGAGGUGACACAUCCAUACCUCGAGGCCCUGAUGCCCUGCCCAGUUUCAAGCUCAAGUUCCGGCCAGCAGGAUUGCAGGCAUGGCCCGAGCCCCUCAUCGGGGCCGGGCUAAUCCAAAACUUGCAUCAGAGCCUCCCGGAGGAACUGAUCAACCUGGCCCAGAGCAUCCUCCGCGACCUUCUCCUGAUGCGGCGGGGCCGAGGCGGCCGACCCACCGCCGCCGCCGCCGCCGCCGCCGCCGUCGCCGCCGAGGUCGUGGACAUUGGGCUCCUUGGAGGAGAGCAACAGCCGCCUCAUGGACUCGUCCAAAUCGGCCACCUCCCACGACUCGGGAGCUCCGGCGUCCUCCGCGGGGCCCUCCAUCGGCGACGGAAAUCCGGGGGCGAUCGGAGGGGAAUAAACCAACGGCAAAUCGCUAAGGGUUUACAGCAGAGCGCCGAGGGGGAGGCAUCAGGGAACCGAAGGGGCGGAGGGUAUCGGACGGUCCAUGGAAGCUCGAAUCGGGAGGCGAAUUGCUGGAAGAUCGAAGGAGAGAAGCGUAUAUAUACGGCAGACGAACCUCAUCCCUCCUCCUCCUCCUUCGUCUUCCCCCAAUUUCUCAGGCAGGUCGUUGCAGAGAGAGAGGGAGAGAUGCGAGGAUUCGGCAGAUUGAUAGGGCAAUCUCUGUCCCGCCGACGACGGUGCUCCUUCCGCUCCGCAUCUCGCCGCCUCAUCUCCUCCUCGUCUCCGUCGGCGCCGCCGCCGCCCUCCUCCUCGGCGAGCUCCUCCCCUCUGCGGCGAUCGACGCUGCUCUCCGGUCCGGCCGCGUCCGGCCCUUCCCUCUUCUCCGAGAAAUGGAGCCGCUUCGCAGGGCAGAGGAGGAGCAUGUUCAUCCAAACUCAGUCCACUCCCAAUCCGAUGUCUCUGAUGUUCUACCCUGGAAAGCCGGUUAUGGAAGCUGGCAGCGCAGAUUUUCCAAAUGCUCGCACUUCCAUGAAUUCGCCAUUAGCAAAAGCCCUCUUUGGCAUUGACGGAGUUACUCGAGUAUUUUAUGGAUCGGAUUUUGUGACUGUAACUAAGUCCGAUGAUGCCUCCUGGGAUCUUCUCAAACCUGAAAUCUUUGCCGCUGUCAUGGAUUUCUACUCUUGUGGGCAGCCAUUAUUUCUAGACUCACAAACUGCAUCUGCUAUGGACACAGCUAUACAUGAAGAUGACUCAGAAACUGUUGCAAUGAUCAAAGAAUUGUUGGAGACUCGCAUUCGACCUGCAGUGCAAGAUGAUGGUGGAGACAUCGAGUAUCGGGGAUUUGAUCUGGAUACUGGUAUAGUCAAAUUGAGGAUGCAAGGGGCAUGCAGUGGCUGUCCUAGCUCUUCGGUCACCCUUAAAUCUGGGAUUGAAAAUAUGUUGAUGCAUUAUGUGCCAGAAGUCAAAGGUGUGGAGCAAGAUAUGGAUGCCGAAGAUGAAGAGCAACCUUUAACGGGGCAAAUGGAGUAAGUUCGAUACGUCUUUUCUGGUCCUGAUUAUAAAACCGGGGAUGAGAGCAGAGAGUAUUUGGUGCUCGAUGUAAAGUAAAGGUAGCUGAUUUAAUCAUCCUAAUCUCAUGGCUGUAAGAUUAUUGAGAGCAUAGUGAGGCGAGGCUCGUGCCUGUAUACUCGUGACAUGGAACUGGAUGCUUGUUUUGUUGUGCACGAGUUGGAAGCGGUUGUACUAAUUUUCAGUUCCAGCACUUGUUUCCAUUAGCUUCUGAUAACGAAUUGAUUGAAACUAUCGAAUCGUUGCCAAGAAUUGGUGUCUCUUUCCCCCCCUUUGAUUAUCUCUCCUUUCUUAUUAAUCUUAUUUGUCUUCCCUUUUGACGGUU